GACUCAUCAGAAAAAACAGUCAACGAUCAUGUUUCCGUUUGCAGGUUCUCUAACCUAUCUACUUCUGCCGCUUCUCUCCACGGCCCUUGCUGGUAACCACAGGCCUUACCCUCCGAACAGUACACCUUGUUCAGCUGUCGUUAUAACUGUAACCACUUCUGUACUCGCGACUGCAACAGUUUCUAGCCCUGUGGCCACUGUCACCAUCACCCUCGGUGUUGAUAAUGCCAGUAAAGGAUAUCGUGCUGCUCGCGGAGACUAUCACCACCAACACAACACCACUACACCUAUUUACAUUCCUUCAUACAAUCCACCACCCAAUCCGGCUCCCGUCAGUGAAGGAUGUUCAACAAUCACAUCCACAGUCUUCAGCACAGCUACUGUGACAAUCGUUAUUCCUAUCACGGAGACCAAGCUCAUUAACGGUCCAAUCAAGACGCCACCUGUAGUGUCCCGUUCUUCUAAGCCCCCAGGUGGAACCAGUCCCGCACCACCUCCUCCUCCAGAAAAGACGUCAGAUCUCAUUUCUCCACCAAAGUCUUCCUCCAAGCCUGCAGGAGGCACCAGUGUCGCUCCUCCACCACCUCUGGAGACGACAUCAGAUCUUAUUCCUCCACCCAAAUCUUUCGUUAUGCCAAGUGCUGCUCCUCCACCGCCCCCGGAGAAAACAGUAGAUCUCAUACCUCCCCUUACCAAACCUGCCGGAGGGACCAGUGUUGCUCCCCCGCCACCGCUAGUGAAAACCACCGACCUGAUUCCUACACUAUCCCCGCAGAGACAAACCCCGCUUCUCAGUAGCAUAUCUAUACUUCCAACACAAGCACCACCUGCAAUAACUGAACCUAGCCUCAACUCUCCUGGAGUACCCGCACCCCCAGUCUUUAAUCCGAAUCCACCAGCUUCGAUUCCUGUGGGGCCUGGUACUCCUUCCCCUCCAUUACCACCACAGCAGCAGGAUACACCAACUUUGCUACCAAUUCUAGAGUCGACACCCUAUGUUCCUGACGGUACCCCUAGUCCUAACGGUACUCCUAGUCCUAACGGUACUCCUAGUCCUAAUAGCACUCCUGUUUCUAAUGGGCCUACUGUACCAAAACCUUCGAGCCUGGGCACGGUUUCUGUCCCUCCAGCUGGUACUACGGACAGAGUGUUGCCGUCGGCGACUUCUAGUGAGCCUCUCGAGUUCACUGCUGCUGCUGACCGGGAGGCGGUCAAUCUUGGGAAAUCUGCACUGGUAGGCUUAGCUGGUUUGAUUCUUGCUUGGUUAUAA